AUGGCGGACGUGGACCCAGACACCUUGCUGGAGUGGCUGCAGAUGGGUCAGGGUGAUGAGCGGGACAUGCAGCUCAUCGCUCUGGAACAGCUGUGCAUGCUGCUGCUUAUGUCUGACAAUGUGGACCGCUGCUUUGAGACAUGUCCUCCUCGGACGUUCCUGCCAGCGCUCUGUAAGAUCUUCCUGGACGAGAGCGCGCCUGAUAAUGUGCUGGAGGUAACGGCCCGAGCCAUCACGUACUACCUGGAUGUGUCGGCAGAGUGUACCCGAAGGAUUGUGGGGGUGGACGGAGCCAUCAAGGCGCUGUGCAACCGCCUGGUGGUGGUUGAGCUCAACAACAGGACGAGCAGAGACCUGGCAGAGCAGUGUGUGAAGGUGCUCGAGUUGAUCUGCACCAGGGAGUCCGGCGCCGUCUUCGAGGCCGGAGGUCUGAACUGCGUGCUGAGCUUCAUUAGAGACAGCGGACACCUUGUCCACAAGGACACGCUUCACUCCGCCAUGGCUGUCGUGUCCCGCCUCUGCAGCAAGAUGGAGCCUCAAGACUCGUCCCUGGAGACGUGUGUGGAGUCUUUAUCCAGUCUCCUCAAACAUGAGGACCACCAGGUUUCAGAUGGAGCUCUGCGCUGCUUUGCCUCGUUGGCCGAUCGGUUCACCCGUAGAGGAGUUGACCCCGCCCCCCUGGCCAAGCACGGCCUGACGGAGGAGCUGCUGUCCCGCAUGGCGGCUGCUGGCGGCAACGUGUCGGGCUCGUCCUCGUCCUGUAAACCAGGCCGGCCUUCCACGGGCGCCACCCCGUCUGCCGCAGACUCCAAACUAAGUAACCAGGUGUCGACCAUCGUCAGCCUGCUGUCCACGCUGUGUAGAGGCUCGCCGCUGGUCACACAUGACCUGCUGCGGUCAGCGCUGCCGGACUCCAUGGAGUCCGCCCUGGGUGGAGAUGAGAGAUGCGUGCUCGAUACCAUGCGGCUGGUGGACCUGCUGCUGGUGCUGCUGUUCGAGGGACGGAAGGCGUUGCCGAAGUCCACCGCCGGCGCAGCGGGCCGAAUCCCCGGACUGCGCCGCCUGGACAGCUCUGGGGAGCGGUCCCACCGACAGCUCAUCGACUGUAUUCGCAGCAAGGACACAGAUGCUCUGAUCGACGCCAUCGAUACAGGAGCCUUUGAAGUAAACUUCAUGGACGACGUUGGACAGACGCUGCUCAACUGGGCUUCAGCUUUCGGCACACAGGAAAUGGUUGAGUUUUUAUGUGAAAGGGGUGCAGAUGUCAACAGAGGUCAGAGGUCAUCUUCUCUACACUACGCUGCAUGCUUCGGGCGCCCGCAGGUAGCCAAGACUUUGCUGCGGCACGGAGCCAACCCAGACCUGAGAGAUGAAGAUGGAAAGACCCCCCUUGAUAAAGCCAGAGAGAGGGGACACAGCGAAGUGGUGGCUAUACUGCAGUCGCCUGGAGACUGGAUGUGUCCGAUGAAUAAGGCUGACGAUAAGAGGAAGAAGGAUGCUAGUAAGGAGGAGGAGGAGGGCACUGAACCUAAAGGAGAUCCAGAAAUGGCUCCAUACUACCUUAAGAGACUUCUGCCUGUUUUUGCACAAACCUUUCAGCAAACCAUGCUGCCUUCUAUCAGGAAAGCAAGUCUGGCUCUGAUCCGGAAGAUGGUUCACUACAGCGGUGAAGUGCUGCUGAGGGAGGUGUGUGAGAGCGAGACGGGACAUAACCUGCCCACAGUCCUGGUGGAGAUCACUGCCACUGUCCUCGACCAGGAGGACGAUGAUGAUGGUCACCUCCUGGCUCUGCAGAUCAUCAGGGAUCUUGUUGAUAAAGGUGGAGAUGUUUUCCUUGACCAACUUGCUCGACUGGGGGUCAUCAAUAAGGUGUCAACUCUGGCUGGACCCGCAUCUGAUGAUGAGAAUGAAGACGAAGCAAAGCCUGAGAAGGAGGACGAGGUUCAGGAAGACGCCAAGGAAGUCCAGCAGGGGAAGCCGUACCACUGGAGGGACUGGUCCAUCAUUCGGGGCAGAGACUGUCUCUACAUCUGGUCAGACGCCGCUGCCCUGGAGCUCUCCAAUGGUUCCAAUGGGUGGUUCCGAUUUAUCUUGGAUGGGAAGCUCGCCACCAUGUACUCCAGUGGGAGCCCAGAGGGGGGUUCUGACAGCUCCGAGUCUCGAAGCGAGUUCUUGGAGAAGCUCCAGCGGGCCAGGAGUCAGGUCAAACCUGUAACAGCCAGCCAGCCCAUCCUCUCCGUCGUCGGUCCCACUAAGCUGACGGUUGGGAACUGGUCUCUAACUUGCCUGAAAGAAGGAGAAAUCGCCAUCCAUAACUCGGAUGGACAGCAGGCUACUAUCCUGAAGGAGGACCUUCCUGGCUUUGUGUUCGAGUCCAACAGAGGAACCAAACACUCAUUCACUGCAGAGACGUCUCUGGGCUCUGAGUUUGUUACUGGCUGGACUGGGAAGCGGGGAAGGAAGCUGAAGUCCAAACUGGAGAAGACGAAGCAGAAGGUGAAGAGCAUGGCGAGGGAGCUGUAUGACGACCACUUCAAAGCUGUAGAGAGCAUGCCUCGAGGGGUGGUGGUCACUCUGAGGAACAUUGCCACGCAGCUGGAGUCUGCCUGGGAGCUGCACGUCAACAGACAGUGCCUGGAAAGUGAGAACACAUGGAGGGACCUGAUGAAAACUGCUCUGGAGAACCUGAUUGUGGUGCUGAAGGAUGAAAACACGAUUUCUCCAUAUGAAAUGUGCAGCAGUGGCCUGGUCCAGGCUCUGUUCACUGUUCUCAGUAAUAGUGCAGAGCUGGACGUGAAACAUGAUUGUAAGCCUUUAUUGGAGAGGAUCAACGUCUUUAAGGCGGCUUUCAGUGAGAAUGAAGAUAACGAAAGCCGACCAGCAGUUGCCUUAAUCAGAAAGCUGAUAGCUGUCCUGGAGUCCAUUGAGCGUCUACCUCUUUACCUUUACGACUCUCCAGGCUCCUCCUAUAACCUGCAGAUCCUGACAAGGAGGCUGCGCUUCCGUCUGGAACGAGCGCCAGGGGAGACGGCUCUGAUCGACCGCACGGGUCGCAUGCUGAAGAUGGAGCCGCUGGCCACCGUGGAGUCUCUGGAGCAGUACCUUCUAAAAAUGGUGGCGAAGCAGUGGUACGACUUUGAGCGCUCGUCGUUUGUUUUUGUGAGGAAGCUGAGGGAAGGGCAGACCUUUACCUUCAGACAUCAGCAUGACUUUGAUGAGAACGGCAUCAUCUACUGGGUCGGAACAAAUGCAAAGACGGCGUAUGAAUGGGUCAAUCCUGCCGCCUACGGCCUGGUGGUGGUGACGUCCUCAGAGGGGCGGAACCUCCCUUAUGGGCGUCUGGAGGACAUCCUCAGUCGGGAUAGCUCUGCUCUCAACUGCCACACCAACGAUGACAAGAACGCCUGGUUUGCUAUUGACCUUGGCCUGUGGGUCAUCCCAUCAGCGUACACUCUGAGACACGCCAGAGGUUAUGGUCGCUCAGCGCUGAGGAACUGGGUUUUUCAGGUCUCAAAAGAUGGUCAGAACUGGUCCACUCUGUACACACACAUAGACGACGGCAGCCUCAAUGAGCCGGGGUCAACAGCCACGUGGCCUCUGGACCUGUCCAAAGACGAGAAGCAGGGCUGGAGGCAUAUAAGAAUCAAACAGAUGGGGAAGAAUGCGAGCAGUCAGACUCACUACCUGUCUCUGUCUGGGCUGGAGCUGUACGGCACGGUCACAGCCGUCUGUGAAGACCAGCUAGGUAAAGCUGUGAAGGAGGCCGAGGCAAACCUUCGCCGCCAGCGCAGACUUUUCCGUUCUCAGGUCAUGAAGUACAUCGUCCCAGGGGCGCGGGUCGUUCGUGGUAUUGACUGGAAGUGGCGCGAGCAAGAUGGAAACCCCCCUGGAGAGGGAACAGUCACUGGAGAGGCUCACAACGGCUGGAUUGAUGUAACCUGGGAUGCUAGCGGAUGCUCUAACUCUUACCGUAUGGGCGCUGAAGGGAAGUUUGACCUCAAGCUUGCUCCAGGGUAUGACCCUGAGUCGGCUGCCACAGCGCCAACACCCAAACCUGUCUCAUCCACUGUUUCAGGUCCCGCCUCAUCCACGGUGGGACCCUCUGUGACAGCAGCGGCCAUGGGCAGAACCAGCACCACAUCAGCAUCGUUGUCUUCCACCUCAUCUUCCUCCCAACAACCUUCUUGGAGCAGCCUGGUGAAAAAUAACUGUCCUGACAAAAGCGGGGCCAGCUCUUCUAGCAGGAAAGGAAGCAGCAGCUCUGUCUGCAGCGUGGCCUCAUCCUCUGACAUCAGUUUGAGCUCCUCUGCUGGGAUGCUUAGUGGAGGGAGUCUAAAGGCGGAGGGGCUGCUCCUUGACCAGGGGGUGGGCUCAGGAGGAGUUUCUGGAGGACCAGGCUGUGAUGGACAUCAGCAGGAGCCUAUUGUGGUUCUGUCCUCGGCUGAGGCGGGAUGUGGAUCGGGGUCCAGCUCUGGGACGCUCACAGCGGACAUGUCUGUGGCUGGAGAUGAGCACCAGUCCCCCACGACAACGGCUAGCACUGACCCAGCGACUGCCAUCUCCAUGGGACUGGUGAGUGUGAGCUCGCCGGACGUGAGCUCAGUGUCCGAGGCGUCCAGCAAGGACACGCACUCCCAGAGGCCUCUGUGCUCGGCUGCAAACACCCGGCUGUCCGUCAGCUCCCUGCUGGCCGCCGGCGCCCCCAUGAGUUCCAGCGCCAGUGUACCCAACCUGUCGUCCCGCGAGGCCAGCCUCAUGGAAUCCUUUGUUCGCCGUGCGCCCAACAUGUCCCGAACCAACGCCACCAACAACAUGAACCUGAGCCGCAGCAGCAGCGACAACAACACCAACACCUUGGGCCGGAACGUCAUGAGCGCUGCCACUUCUCCUCUCAUGGGCGCUCAGAGCUUUCCUAAUCUCACCACCACUGGCACCACCUCCACAGUUACCAUGUCAACUUCCAUAGUAACCAGCGGCAAUAACGUAGCCACAGCAACAACGGGUCUGUCAGUGGGACAGUUGCUCAGUAACACUCUGACCACGAGCCUGACGUCCACAUCCAGCGAAAGUGACACGGGACAGGAAGCAGAGUUCUCACUCUAUGAUUUCCUGGACAGCUGCCGAGCUAACACGCUGCUGGCUGAGCUGGACGACGAAGAAGACCUGCCUGAGCCCGACGACGAUGACGACGAAAAUGAAGACGACAAUCAGGAGGAUCAGGAGUACGAGGAGGUCCUGGAGGAGGAAGAGUACGAGACCAAAGGAGGACGCAGGAGGACGUGGGACGAUGACUUUGUCCUCAAGAGGCAGUUUUCUGCCUUGGUCCCAGCCUUCGACCCCCGUCCAGGAAGAACUAAUGUCCAACAGACCACCGACCUGGAGAUCCCCUCCCCUGGAACUCCUCGAUCCGAGGCCCGGGAGGAAGUGGAGUGCGCUCCUUCCCCUCACCUUGCACUGACGCUCAAGGUUCCUGGCUUGGGUACCACUAGAGAGGUGGAGCUUCCUCUCUCCAGUUACAAGCUGACCAUUUUCUACUACGUUCAGCGGCUGCUGCAGCUCUCCUGCAGCGGCUCAGUGAAGACUGAUAAGCUGCGGCGCAUCUGGGAGCCCACGUACACGAUAAUGUACAGAGAGCUGAAAGACUCUGAUAAAGAGAAGGACAGCGGGAAGAUGGAGUCCUUUGAACACAGCUCAGGGGUCGGGGGCCGCUCCGGCGGUCUGAGUCCGAGCUCUCUGAUUGGCAGCCAGAGCAGUGAGAUCCUGGGUUGGGUCAGAGAGGCUGCCCAGGCUAAAGCUGGAUGCAGCCAGACCGCCUGUGGGAUGGAGGAUGUCCUGCAGCUGCUGCGUAUCCUCUACAUCAUCGGAAGCGACACGGCAUCUAACGCACGCACGUUGCAGGAGGAUGUUGAGGAGCUGCAGUUCAAUGCAUCACCAGAGGAGUUCACCAGCAAGAAGAUCACUACCAAGAUCCUGCAGCAGAUAGAGGAGCCUCUGGCGGUGGCCAGCGGAGCGCUGCCUGACUGGUGUGAACAGCUCACGUCUAAAUGUCCGUUCCUGAUCCCCUUUGAGACCAGACAGCUGUACUUCACCUGUACAGCUUUCGGAGCUUCCAGGGCCAUCGUCUGGCUCCAGAACCGACGGGAGGCAACCAUGGAGCGUUCACGGCCGUCCACCACAGUGCGGAGGGACGACCCUGGAGAGUUCAGGGUGGGCCGGCUCAAACACGAGCGAGUCAAGGUCCCCCGAGGGGACGCCAUGAUGGAAUGGGCUGAAUCAGUCAUGCAGAUUCACGCCGACAGGAAGUCUGUGCUCGAGGUGGAGUUUCAGGGCGAGGAGGGAACUGGUCUUGGUCCAACGUUGGAGUUUUAUGCUCUGGUGGCGGCAGAGUUCCAGAGGACGUCUCUGGGUAUCUGGCUGUGUGAUGACGACUUCCCUGACGACGAGUCACGACAGGUGGACCUGGGUGGGGGUCUGAAGCCUCCUGGUUUCUAUGUGCAGCGAUCCUGCGGGCUGUUCCCGGCCCCCUUCCCACAGGACAGCGAGGAGCUGGAGCGAAUCACCAAACUCUUCCACUUCCUGGGGAUCUUUCUGGCCAAGUGCAUCCAGGACAACCGACUGGUGGACCUUCCAGUGUCUCAGCCCUUCUUCAAGCUGCUCUGCAUGGGAGACAUCAAGGCAAACAUGAGCAAGCUGCUGUACCAGUCGCGCAGCUCUCCUCCGGGUCACGUCUCUGAGCGAGCCCACCUGCUGUCAGAGGUGCAGUCGGAGGCGUCCACUGAGGAGAGCCAGGAGACCUACUCAGUGGGCAGCUUUGAUGAAGACUCCAAGUCAGAGUUCAUCAUGGACCCCCCCAAACCAAAACCCCCCGCCUGGUACCAUGGCAUCCUAACCUGGGACGACUUCCAGCUGGUCAACCCUCACAGAGCAACUUUCCUGAAGGAGGUCAAAGAUCUGGCUGUGAAGAGGAGACAGAUUUUGGCCAGUAAGAGUUUGUCGGAGGACGAGAAGAACACUAGACUGCAGGACUUGAUGCUGAGGAACCCCAUGGGCUCCGGACCCCCUCUUAGCAUCGAGGACCUCGGGUUAAACUUUCAGUUCUGUCCAUCAUCCAAGGUUCAUGGCUUUUCCGCUGUAGACCUGAAACCAAAUGGAGACGACGAGAUGGUGACGGUGGAGAACGCGGAGGAGUACGUGGAGCUGAUGUUUGACUUCUGCAUGCACACAGGGAUCCAACAGCAAAUGGAGGCCUUUAAAGAGGGUUUUAAUCGAGUGUUCCCGAUGGAGAAGCUGAGCUCCUUCAGCCAUAAAGAGGUGCAGAUGGUCCUCUGCGGCAACCAGUCGCCUUCCUGGAACGCUGAUGACAUCAUCAACUACACAGAACCAAAGCUGGGUUACACCAGAGACAGCCCGGGAUUCCAGCGUUUUGUCCGAGUUUUAUGUGGAAUGUCGUCUGAUGAGAGGAAGGCCUUCCUGCAGUUCACCACCGGCUGCUCCACCCUGCCCCCUGGUGGCCUGGCCAACCUACACCCACGCCUCACUGUAGUCCGGAAGGUGGAUGCAACAGACUCCAGUUACCCAUCAGUAAAUACCUGCGUUCACUACCUGAAGCUCCCUGAAUAUUCAUCCGAGGACAUAAUGAGGGAGCGUUUGUUAGCUGCCACCAUGGAAAAGGGCUUUCACCUAAACUGA